GCCAGGGAGAGGCGGCCGCGGACGAAGGGCAAGGCCCCUCCACGAACCUCCCUGGAGUUCUCUACCACGCGGCUUAUGAUCUUGGUCAUGGAGUGUGGCUGCGAGGACUGAGCGGGAGUUCGAGCGCAAAGCACGCUCCACGCGCAUGGCCCGAGAUGACCGCAAAAUAAAUAGCGGCUGUUAACCAAGAAAGGUAUGAUCAGCGAUGGAAAAGUUGCCAGCCUCGGCUACCACAUAUGAAAGAAUAGUUUACAAAAAUUUUUCUGAGCAUCACUAUAUGAAAGUCUGCCUAGAGCUUCAAGAGCAUGGGGUUGGAUUGAAUGCUGCACAGUUCAAACAGCUGCUUAUUUCAGCCCUGAAAGAUCUGUUUGGGGAGGUUGAUGCUGCCUUGCCCUUGGAUAUCCUAAAAUAUGAAGAGAAGACUUUGUCAGCCAUCUUGAGAAUAUGUAGCAGUGGUCUUGUCAAAUUGUGGAGCUCUUUGACCCUGUUAGGAUCCUAUAAAGGAAAAAAAUGUGCUUUCAGAGUGAUUCAGGUUUCUCCAUUUCUUCUUGCAUUGUCUGGUAAUAGUAGGGAGCUAGUAUUAGACUGAAUAAAUCUUCAGUUUCAGAAACAUUCCUCCGUUCUUAAAAGUGCUUUUGGUGCCAGCAUGAUGUUUGAAGACUGAAG